AUGGAAGAUCUCUGGGAUGUGCUGAUGGGGAACUUGGGAAGGUGGCCGGCCAAAGUUCUGGCUCCAGUGGCCAUGUACUGUGGGAGCAUCCCUAGGACUAGUGUGGAGCCCCGUGUGCCCCUGCCUGGAAGCAUCAGCCCUACUCUGCCAGCUUACAGCCCAGGCUCCGUCCAGCCUGUGCCAAAUGUCCUGCUGAGCAACGAGGAGCCAUCACAGCUCUUGCGUGGAUGUGGGGACCCAGGCAGCACCACCCUGGAUGGCCCUUUGAAGGGCUGGCAGACCAGGAAUGGCCACCCCAGGGAUCUUAGAGCUCUGUCUUUGGGGCCUCAGCCCCAGGUGUCUGUCACCUUGCUGGAGUCAGAGGCCAACAGUGUGGCCAGAGACACCACCCAAAUCAAGGACAAACUCAAGAAAAGGAGGCUCUCAGAGGGCAUGGCCGCGUCUUUGCAUGCCUCUCUGGAUCCUGGGGGAGGCACCAAAGGAGUCCCCCUGCGGAGCACUGUGCCCCGCACCACCUCCCAGAGGCUGCUGAGGCUUCCCAGGCCAAUGCCUCCCAUCCAGAGCAUCCCUACCACCCCCGAGGCCAGUGGAGCCAAGGAGAAGGGCCCAGACCUUCCUGGGAGCAGGAAGGGUGCCCAGGAAGCCAGCACUGGUGCUCAGGGGGUACAGAUUUCUCCACAGUACCUGCACUGCAAUGAUGAGAAGAUGCAGAAGUCGCUGGGAGGCAUCGUGAUCCCCCCCAUCUCCAAGGCAAGGGCGUCCGUGGGGACCUCUUCCAGCAGGCCUGGCUCCCUUCCCAGCCCCUUGGUUCCAGGCCAUGACGUCCUCAUGGGAACAAGGCCCCCUCACACACGACUGGUUCAGGAGAAUGGGCCUCAAGAGAAGACCCCUAGAUCCUCAGAGCCCAAACCUUUGGCCCAACCCAUCCAAGACAGGUCAGCCCCUGCGGCCUCCAAGAAGUCCCUGGCUGUCUCCCAUUCUGCUCCUGUGCUGACGACCUUCUCCUUAGGCUAUGCCAAAGAAGCCCACCCCUUGCUGAAAGCAGAAGACCAGAAGGAAACCAGCACCCAGUACCAAGUCACCAUCUCCAGGUCUGCCCAGGAGAAGAUGCGGCUGAAGCAGAUGAAGGAGAUGGAGUUGUUCCGGAGGGUGAAGGACUCAGAGAGGGAGUGGGAGCUCGCUCCCCAGGGUCUGGCCUCGAGGAGCACCUUAGUGAAGGAAGGUCUCCUUCCCCUGCGGGGCAGUGGUACGCUCUCUGUGCCCACUGGGUUGAACAGCCCACGCAGAAACAAUGGAGGCAUCCUCCUGAGGAAGCGGGCCAACCGGUCUUCCCUACCCAGCAUCCCUGUCAGCAAACAGGAGCCCCGCUUUUCCCGCCAUGCAUCAGCUAACUCAUUACCUGCGGUGCUCACUUUGGGGUCUCCUGAAUGGAAGGAAGAAGAGGAAGAGGUGGAUCUUAGAAUCUUCAGGGAAUUGCGGCCUUUCUCCAAUCCUGAGCUGGGCUUGAUGGAUGCCCUUCAGGGUCUCAGCAGUAGUGACUGGCAGCUGAAGGAGAAGGGUUUGGUGGGCAUCCAGCGCCUGGCAGCUUGUCACCCGGAGGUCCUCACGGGGCGGCUGCAUGAUGUGUCCUUGGCAGUGACCGGAGAGGUCACCAACCUCCGCUCCAAGGUGUCCCGCUUGGCCAUCAGCACUAUGGGAGAACUUUUCCGGGCUUUGAAGAAAAGCAUGGACCAGGAGGCUGAGGCGAUCACGCGCUGCCUGCUGCAGAAGAUGGGGAACACCAGCGAGUUCAUCCAGUGCGCCGCCAGCCGGGCUCUGGGUGCCAUGGUGGAGAACGUGACCCCUGCCCGGGCCCUGACAGCCCUCACUGCAGCGGGCGUCUACCACCGAAACCCCUUAGUCCGGAAGUGCACAGCCGAGCACCUCUCAGCUGUCCUGGAGCAGAUAGGGGCCGAGAAGCUUCUGUCCGGCAGCAGGGACAGCAUUGAUGUGCUGGUGCACACUCUGGUGAGGUUGGCUCAGGACUCCAACCAGGACACCAGGUUCUAUGGCCGGAGGAUGGUGACUAUCUUGAUGGCAAAUGCUAAGUUUGACACGUUUUUGAAGCAGUCCCUUCCAUCUCAUGACUUGCGAAAAGUUAUGGCAACCAUCAAGCAGCGGGGACUAGAAGAUAACUAUGAACUUCCAUCUGCCCAAGGCCGCAAGGUGUCAAGGAGUCUGGUGGCAUGUGAGAACGGGCUGCCCUGUGAGGAGGGAUCUGGCUCCUAUGGCCCAAGGCUGGUGACGCACUCCUCCCUUCGGGGAGGUGUGGAGAUAGCAGAGCAACUUCGGGAACUGACGAGUCUGCUGGAGGCCAAAGAGUACCAGUCUCGGAUGGAAGGUGUGGGGCGGCUCCUUGAACACUGCAAGACCAAGCCAGAGCUCAUUGUGGCCAACCUGGUCCAGGUCUUUGAUGCUUUCACUCCAAGGCUUCAGGAUUCCAACAAAAAAGUGAACCAGUGGGCUCUGGAGUCCCUUGCCAAGAUGAUACCCCUGCUGAAGGACAGCGUGAACCCCAUGCUGCUUUCCCUCAUCAUUGCAGUUGCAGACAACCUCAACUCCAAGAACUUGGGGAUUGCCAGUGCCGCUGCCAGUGUGCUGGAUGCCAUGCUAGAGAGCCUGGAUCACCUCAGCCUCCUCCAGGCGUUUGCAGGGCGGGUGCGCUUCCUGAGCGGCCGCGCGGUGCUGGACAUCACAGGACGCCUGCCAGUGCUGGUGGCCUCUGUUUACCCCCGCAAACCUCAGGCUGUGGAGCGCCACGUCCUCCCUGUCCUCUGGUACUUCCUAAACAACAUGAUUGGGAGCGGUGUCCUGCCAGGACGCAGUGGGAACGUCCGCACGGCGGUGAGCCAGCUGUCCAGGGCCCUCCAGCGGCAAAUGGGUACCCGGCUGCAGGACUUCGCCACUGGCCAGCCAAAGCAAGUGCUCAAAAUGCUCCAGGAACUCUUAAACACAGAGUCCCCAGGGGGCAGCCACAAGGUCAGUGAUGGAGGGAUGGCACCUGACAGCCAGACGGCUGCCAGCGCAUGUUCCCUUCAGCUGGAUUCAAGAAGGGGCCGGAAAUAG